ACUUCUGCUUCAUGAGCCUGUCGACGAUCGGCUUCGGCGACAUGGUGCCCGGCAGCUACCCGAGCUUCAGCACGAUGGAGCCGCGCAACGCGACCGUCUGGUUCUGCUCGUGCUACAUCAUGAGCGGCAUGGCGCUGACGGCCAUGUGCUUCAACAUCCUGCACGACGAGAUCGUGCAUCGGCUGUCGCACCAGCAGCAGCAACAGCAGCACCAGCAGCAGCACCACCAGAACCACCAGCACCUGCAGCACCAGCACCACCACCAGUCGGCGGAGAAGCAGGAGCCAAGGCCGCCCCCGGUGGACGAGCUCUCGGCCGAGCCGUUCGCCAUCAACAGCUCGUGACAAUUUCCCGGCAGCAAUCACCACCACCACCAGCUCAUGAUGAGCUGCCAGCAGCGCAGCCUCGCCGAGGAGUCGCUCUGCAUGAGCGAGCCGCCCGGCGGCAUCUUCGCCCACGACAACGAGAUCAACAUACUCAAGGACUCGUACAACCAGGUGGACGUGACGCGCGACUGCAAGCCCAGCAUCCUCAAGCCCAUCUUCGAGCAGCAGCAGCAGCAGCAGCAGCCGCUUGGCAGCGAUCAGCAGCUGAGGGCCGUCGCGGUACCCGUGCCGCCCUGUCUGCCGCCGAUGCCGCCCAUGCCUCCCCCGCCCCCGGCCGCCGUGUCCGCGGCGGCCACUGCCGUCUACACACUGCCAGAACUCGACGAGGACAUCGACGAGGACAACACUCCCAUGUGAAGAUGAAGAUGAAGAUGAUGAUGAUGAUGAUGAUGAUGAUGAUGGUGCCACGACGACCUACCUUUUCUACUCGCUCUGAUGAUACGUACGCGCGGCUCGAUUAAACAUGAAAGGCUAUCCACUAUUGUCGUAUAUAAUCGUCGUAUAAUUAUAAUAUCAUACGUAUAUCCUAAUCAGAAUAUCGCAUACUCGUAACGGAUAAUGACUGUCAAUGCUCGAAAACUCUAUGCUCAAGAACAAUAACUAACGUAUAAUGCAAUUCUUUCAAUAGCAAAGUAAGACAGUUUUGCGCUCUCGGCUCGACAGUUUCUUUCUUUUCUCUCUCUCGCUCGCUCGGCCUCCUAUUUUCCCUCAUUACGGCCCCCGCACCUCUGAAAGCAGCGGCGGCGACGGCAGCAACAACAAGAACUACAAGAAGAAGCUUUCCCCUCUUCGAUCCUCUUUGCUUUUUGCGAAUUCCCUUUUUCUUUUCUUCUUUUUCCGAUGCCGAUGUAGUUAUAUAUAGUAGCUGCUGGCUCUGCUGGCCGCUCUCUCUCUCUCUCUCUCUCUCUCUCUCACCGCCUCCUGGGAAAUAUGAGGGAGCCUCUUUUCUCUUUCUAUCGCACGCGCACGCCGCCGCACACCACGCGCGGGUCCCGCGCACGUCCACUACUCUAUACUGCCUACCCUUCGAAAACUUUAUCCGCCAAUUUCACUGGGCGGAAAAUUCCAAUGAAAGUCAAACGCCAUGGGAAUUGUCGUUUUUCCUCCCCAUCCUCGCUCUCUCUUUCCGCUUUUUUGCCUAAUGCCUAAUCAACUCGAAUAACUCCGAUCGCAGAUUUUCCCAUUAUUUAUUUUCUCCCUCUCUACGCCCCUCUUUCUUUGCCAUUCUUUGGUAACUACACUUUUAUACACUGCAGCUGGUGUACAGGCAACGCUGUCUUACUAUUGUACUCGAUGGCGCUAAAUCAGUGUUUAUAAAUAAAAAAUGAAAAAUCAUCGUCGUCGUCGAUUUAACCAACGGCUAAAAGUUUCAAUGUAAAUACUCGAUAACGGGACAUAUAAGUAUGAAGAAUUAAGUACGCGCAAUUAAUCGAGGUGAAUUAUCGCAAGUAUAUAGUCAGAAACAAAAAAAAAAUACGAUACACUUAUAUAGAAUAUACAUACGAUACAUAAAACUAGGAUUAUUUUUUACUUCAAGCUCGAAUCAAGAAAACUCUAAAAUUAUUCAUAAUAUCUAUAUACCUGUGUAAAAAGCCAAAACACUUUUACUGAACAGUAAGACACCGAGAAAGCACCGAGAAAGCUCUUUUACACGAUCGCAAUUACUAUAAGUAUAAUAUAUUGAUCUCCCAGAAAUUCAUUAUACGCAUUAUUAUAAGUAUAUAUCUUAUCUUUUGAACAGCUACACCACAAAUGAAUAUUGUAUAAAACGUUGAAGUAUAUGAUGCAGAUUUUACUUACAAAUUUAUAAAUCUUCUUGUUACAACACGUUUCGAUUUUUUGUAAACUUUUAUACUGUUUGUAUGAUACACGAUAUUCGUGUGUAACAGGUUUAAACGGUUUGUCGCCUGAGAUGAGGGACAGCUAUUGUGUUGAUAAUUAUAAAAUGAUGUAUUAAUCGCGAGUAUCAAAGGAAGAAAAAUAAGCAAAAAAAA